AUGCAAUUGCCGAUGAUCGGUACGAUGGAAGUUGAUAGUGUUUAUGAAAAUGGUAAUCAUUCAACUUAUCAUGAUGAUGAUGAAUGUGAUAGUAGUUCACAUCCAAGAAAAAUUUCACUUGAUGAAGAUAUUUUACCAACAACAGCAAUGCCUGUUGAUGAAGAUGAUGAUGAACCUGAAAAUAAUUCGUCCAAUCAACAACAAUCAUUUAAAUGUCCUUAUUGUUCCGAUGAAUUUCUUCAAAUAACACAUUUACAUUUACAUACAACUCAAUGUCAUCCUGAACAAACAGAAAAUUUAAUUAGUUGUCUUCAUUGUAGUGCAGUUUUUACUAAUAAAGAUGAUUUACAUCAACAUGAAUUAAAUCAUAAUGCAAGUCAAGUAGCAUGUCAUUUAUGUAAUAAAAUUUUUGCAAAUAUUUAUCGUCUACAACGUCAUAUGUUAAGUCAUGAAGUUGAUCCACAAACAAGAAAAUUUAAAUGUUCUCAUUGUUCAAAAGCAUUUAAAUUUAAACAUCAUUUAAAAGAACAUGUUCGUAUACAUACAGGGGAAAAACCAUUUGUUUGUGCGAAUUGUGGUAAACGUUUUUCUCAUUCGGGUUCAUAUUCAUCACAUAUGACAUCAAAAAAAUGUUAUGCAUAUCCACAAUCAACGUUAAAUAAUAAUUUACAUUCAUCACCAACACAAGUACCACAGACAACAAAUCCAUCAGUAGCUGCUUUAUUAGCUACACGUUCAAUGCUUAAUUUUGGUCCAUUUGCAUUAGCUGCAUUAGCUGCCGCAGCUGCUCAACAACAACAACAACAACAACAACGUAAAGAUUCAUAUUCAUCAACACCAAAAUCUCAUUCACGUAGUCCAUCACCAUCAACUUGGCCAUCAAUAUCAUUAACAACUCCACCAUCAUCAUCAUCAUCGGAUAGAAAUAAUAAUUUAAAUCAUGAAAUUGAAGCUGGUGAAAUUCCAACAAUAACAUCACCUAUACGUAAACGUAAACGUCGUAGUUUAUUAUCAAAUGAUCAUGAUAAUUCAUUAUUAUCAACAACAUCAACAUCAACAAAUGAUUUACUUGAUAAACAACAAUUAAAUAUGUUACGUGCACAUUAUGCUUUAAAUCCAUAUCCAAAUGCAAAUGAAUUACAUGAAAUAUCAAAACGUGUUGGUCUUAGUGAACAACAUGUUCAACAUUGGUUUCAUGUUUUACGUACAAGUUAUGCUGCAGCCAAUAAUAUUAAAUCAUCUGUUAAUACAGUCAUUCCAUCAACAUCAACCAGUGGGAAUCAAAAUAAUAAUAAUAAUAAUUAUAAUAAUAAUAAUAAUAAUAAUAAUAAUAAUGCAACAACACCAUUUUUACCUCUUGCUUAUUAUCAUCUGCGUGCAUCAUUAAUGGCUGCUGCUGCAACAAAUAAUUCAUCAGUACCUGCACAACUACCACCACCACCACCACUUCCACCACUUCCAUUUUCAUCAUUGAAUUCAAAUACAUCGAAAGAACAAACUGAACCAUUAGAUUUAACAGUAAAAAAAUCUCACAUUAAAUCCGGUGAACAACAAAUAGCUGCUCAUUUACAUAUGACUGCAACUGUUGCAUUUAAUAAUGAUACAAAUUGGUAUGAUAAUAAACAUGAAUGGAUCAAAAAUGAAUCAUUUAGUCCUGAUAGUACAGCUGAUAAUUGUUCAUCUGAAACAAGUCUUUUAUCAAAUGAUGAAUCCUCAUCUUUAUGUGGUCAAUUAAUUGAUAAUGAUUUAACACGUAAAAGAAAAUCAUGGAAAAAUCAUAUACAAGGUGAAAUGUAUGCAUGUGACAUGUGCGAUAAACGUUUUAGUAAACAAAGUUCAUUAGCACGACAUAAAUAUGAACAUUCAGGUGUUCGACCAUUUGUAUGUGAUGUUUGUACAAAAGCAUUUAAACAUAAACAUCAUUUAGCUGAACAUCGUCGUUUACAUACAGGUGAAAAACCAUUUCAAUGUACAAAAUGUUUUAAGCGUUUUAGUCAUUCUGGCUCAUUUAGUCAACAUAUGAAUCAUCGAUAUAAAUAUUGUCGUCCAUAUCAAACGGAAGCUGCAGCAGCCGCUGCUGCUGCUGCAGCUGUUGAUGCAGGUCGAUUAAAUGAUAAUCCAAACAUGAUUAUGGAAGAUGAUGAACUUAUUGAAGAUGAAGAUCUUGAAGAUAAACAACAACAACAACAACAAUCUCAAAAUGAUGAAGAAGAAAUAGAAACAAAUCAUACAGAAGAUUCAAAUCAACAAAAUGAGAUAAAUAAUGCUACAAUAAAUGAGUAA